AUGUCGUCCGGUGGUAAGGGCUUCUUCUCUAGGAGUAAACAUAGAAGUGAUAAGAGACACACUGGCAGCGAAGAAGGGCGAUUCCUCGGUUUGGAUAAUGAUUCCUCGUCGCGUACCUCUCGACAUGCUAGGGACUCGUCGAUAGUAUCGCUCGACCGUCCGAGCUCUCCCGAAACCGGCGUCAAUAACAACGCUGGUGUAAUUACUGCCAUCCCAUAUAACAGCACACAUGCCGACCAACGAAGUCCAAUACCCGUCGAAUACCUUCCUCGAGGCGAGCAGCCGCCCGUGCGCCGGGAUCUUCUACCCCAGCCCCAUCACUUGAAUAAAGGCACCGGUGACUUCCAUCAGUAUCCAUCUUUCGAUACGGCCUCGAUUGUGAGCGUUGCCAGUUCUCAGCACUCGGUUCAGCAGCGCCCCAGCACUGGUAACGGCGGGAAUGUCACAAUGGCAUCUACUGGUCGGCAGACUCAAUUCCAUCAGUGGGGACCAGCCUCGGGCGGUUCCCCAACGCCUCGUGCAAGCACAGCUUCUUCGAUGCAAAACAGCAGCUACAAUGAAAGGUGGGAUUCUCUACCAGGUUAUGGCAUGGCCGGCUUCGGCAGAACAUCUAGACAAAGCGACCAAUCCAGCGUAUUUUCAGCAGGUAAUGGAGUACCCCCUAACAGUUCCACGAAUAUGCGCUCAUCCAGAAUAGCACUGCCUAGUGCUACCUCCCAGAGUUCCAUUGCAUCGCUGCCCUCGAGUAGAGAUUCUCAUCGCCUAAUCAAACCUCCAGGGAACCCAGUAUUUCCACCUGGGAGUGGAGACGGGUUCCCACUCACCAGACCGGACGACGACAGGAUUACGGAACAGAUGUUCUAUGAGUUGAUGAAGAAGCGAGGUUGGCAUAAUCUUCCGGAACAAGCACGACGGCAAAUGCAGGCAUAUCCAUCAUCCAAAAAAUGGACACUCAUCUACCAGGAUCGCCUGACAGAACUACAAGGGGAGCAAAAGAGGAGGCAGCAGGCGGCGAAAACAGGAGUAUAUCCGACGUCAAAUUUUGACAUCGCCGCAGCCUCUGAUGAGGAGGGAUCUCCUGAAUGGUACGUGCGAAAGGUUAUGGAUAAUACCUUGGAUUUGAAAGGCUUAGGUAGCCUCGAGGUCAACUUGCGAACUCAGCAAAUCGGUUGGGUGAAGCGAUUCAUCGAAUGUCAAGGGCAGGUCGCUCUCACCAACGUUUUGUUGAAGCUCAACCGGAAAAGUGCUGUUGGACCUGCGGCCCCGUCCGACGUAAAAGCGAGCGACAAGAAUCUCGACAAGGAAUACGAUAUUCUAAAGUGCCUAAAGGCCCUACUAAACAACAAAUAUGGCGCUGACGAUGCGCUCGCCCAUCAGCAAGUGGUCGUGGCUCUCGUCACGUCGCUCAUAUCGCCGAGGCUCACUACACGAAAACUAGUCAGCGAUGUGUUAUCCUUUCUAUGCCACUGGGACGGGGGCGAGGGUCACAUCAAGGUGAUCCAGGCUAUGGAUGUAGUGAAGACCCAGCAGAACGAAAAUGGCCGCUUCGACUCCUGGAUGCGACUCGUCGAGGUCACUGUAGAUGGGCGAGGGAAGAUGGGUAGUCUCGUCGGGGCCAGCGAUGAAGUCCGCAGUGGCGGUAUCGGCAUGGAGAACCUCCUGAUGGAAUACGCGGUUGCAACGCUCAUCCUCGUCAAUUCGAUCAUCGAUGCGCCUGAGAAUGACCUACAGCUACGCAUGCAUAUCAGGGCGCAGUUCGGUGCUUGUGGGAUCAAGCGGAUUCUCACAAAGAUGGAGGCGUUCCAAUAUGACUUGAUAGACAAACAGGUCGAGCGGUUCCGGACAAACGAGGCUAUCGACUACGAGGAUAUGCUUGAGCGGGAGAAUAGUAGCAUGAAAGAUAGCGUCGAGGGCGAGGUUAAGGACCUCAACGAUCCGACCCAGAUCGUAGAUGCUAUUCAGCAACGACUCCAAGGCUCCAAGACGCAUGACUAUUUCAUAUCCGCAUUGCAACAUCUGCUUCUCAUCCGAGAUAAUGAUGGAGAAGAACGGUUGCGCAUGUUCCAGCUCGUCGACUCGAUGUUAAGCUAUGUGGCCAUGGACCGGCGUCUGCCGAACAUGGACCUCAAGCAAAGCUUGAACUUCACGGUUCAGAGUCUUUUAGAUAAGCUACAUACAGAUUCCGAAGCCCGGCAAGCCCUGGACGAGGCCUUGGAGUCUCGGCAGAUUGCCGACGCUGCCAUGGCAGAGCGGGAUGAGAUGAGAGCUCAGUUAGAACUCGGUGCGGAUGGUCUUGUUGCUAAGCUACAGAGACAAUUAGAAGAGCAAGCUCGCUUCAUCGAAGCCCAGAAGCGCCAGGCAGAUGGUCUUAAGGCCGAAAUCGAGAACAUGCAGACGGUGCGUGCUAAGGAAGCGCAGCGGUACGAGCUAGAAACGAGAGAACUGUAUCUUAUGCUUAGGGACGCCCAAGACGUAGCCGCCUCUCAGGCCGUCAAGGGCGUCUCUGGGAACAAGAUAGCCGAUGAGGAUCCUGCUCGAAUGCAAGGUAUUCUGGAUCGCGAAAAGCUUAUGGACCGACUUGCUAUGCAGCUCGAACGACAGAAGACCCAGUACAAACUCGAGGGUAGAGUCUGGGGCGAUGCUAUUGGUCCUUCAGACCGCUUGCGUGCGCUACGUGAGGAAAUGGAAGGCUAUGCAGAGAGCUACCCUGAAGCACCGGAAGGCACAGGACUCCCGCUGUCUGGCAUGCUUGGGACAGUCAACAGACAGACAAGGUUGUCCAGGAAGCCCGUCGGCUCGGCAGGACAACAUAUCUCUAGCGCUGACGAAGGUGACGACGACAUUGUAUACGAGAAGCCAAGAGUCGUCGAGAUUAGGAGGCCUGUCAUGGAUCCUAAGCAGGCUGCCAGCCUCAUGUCGGAGAUCCAAGCGAAGGGUAAGAGGGACGAUAUUAGCGACUCCGAAGAUGGCGCGACAACCAACCCAUCUCACCCAAGCCUUGAGUCACAGUCACCCAUCACCCCGAGCGAAGUUGAGCCGCCUAAGAUUCAAGUUAGCGACACGGCUGCCCCCCCUCCCCCUCCACCACCUCCGAUGCCAGGCCAACUUCCCGGAGCACCCCCGCCGCCUCCGCCUCCGCCUCCCCCUCCAUUGCCCGGUCAACUUCCGGGAUCCGCUCCUCCACCCCCGCCUCCGCCACCACCACCUCCCCCAAUGCCAGGAAUGCUAUCACCCUCCUCCGCAGGUGGCCCACCCCCUCCACCUCCGCCGCCUCCUAUGCCUGGGGCUGCCGGAGGAAUGCCCCCCCCUCCUCCGCCAAUGCCUGGUGCCAUGUCCGGUCACUUCCUCUCCGCGCAAAAUAACUUCGCACCAGGUCCCACAAUCGGCCUCCCUGUUGUCAGGCCGAAGAAGAAGCUCAAGGCCCUCCAUUGGGACAAGGUUGAUACUCCCGAAACCAGUCAUUGGGCAGCGCAUGCUCCUUCCGCAGAAGCAAGAGAAGAGAAGUAUGCCGAGCUUAGCAAGAAAGGUAUUCUGGAUGAAGUUGAGAAACUGUUCAUGGCCAAAGAGAUCAAAAAGCUUGGUGUUGGCACCUCUAAGAAAGAUGACAAGAAGCAAAUUAUCUCUAGCGACCUUCGGAAAGCUUACGAAAUUGCUUUUGCAAAGUUUUCACAGCUCUCUGUAGAAAAGAUCGUCCAGAUGAUCAUUCAAUGUGACAAGGAAAUACUUGACAAUCCUGUUGUCAUGGAUUUCCUCCAAAAGGACGAUUUGUGCAACAUUCCGGAUAACACAGCGAAACUCAUGGCGCCAUAUAGCAAGGAUUGGACUGGUCCGGAAGCCAGCAAGGAGAAUCGCGAACAGGAUCCAAACGAGCUUACCAGACAAGAUCAAAUUUACUUGUACACAGCUUUUGAGCUACAUCAUUACUGGAAGAGUAGAAUACGUGCGUUGGCCUUGACGAGGAGUUACGAAGCCGAUUACGACGAAAUUAACGAGAAGAUUCAUCACGUCGUAUCGGUAUCGGAGGCUCUAAGAGACUCCGUCUCUCUGAUGAACGUGCUUGGUUUGAUUCUCGAUAUUGGAAACUACAUGAACGACGCCAAUAAGCAAGCAAGAGGUUUCAAACUCAGCUCGCUUGCUCGUUUAGGAAUGGUGAAGGAUGACAAGAAUCAGUCAACACUUGCAGAUCUCGUCGAGCGUAUCGUUCGCAACCAGUACCCCGAGUGGGAGGGCUUCACGGGUGAUAUCCAAUCCGUCAUUACCGUUCAAAAGAUCAACAUUGAGCAGCUACAAGCAGACGCCAGGAGAUACGUGGAUAACAUUCGUAACAUACAGAUGUCACUAGACAGCGGCAACCUCAGCGACCCUAAGAAGUUCCAUCCUCAGGACCGUGUCUCGCAAGUCGUCCAGCGGUGUAUGAAGGAUGCUCGCCGAAAAGCAGAACAGAUGUCUUUGUACUUGGAAGAAAUGAUCCGUACAUACGAUGACAUCAUGGUCUUCUACGGUGAAGAUCCGAAGGACGAUAACGCCCGUCGCGACUUUUUCGCCAAGCUAGCUUCCUUCCUCCAGGAGUGGAAGAAGAGCAGAGACAAGAACGUACAAUACGAGGAGACGAGACGUAGGAACGAAGCUAGCAUGAAACGAAAACACGGUCAGCUCAGGGUCACAGGAGCUGUCGAGAGUGGCCCACCGUCGCCGGCCUCCGCCGGUGCGAUGGAUUCGCUUCUGGAAAAGUUGCGCGCUGCGGCACCGCAAACAAGGGAUCAAAGAGACCGAAGAAGGCGCGCACGUCUCAAGGAUCGUCACCAAGUUCGCAUCGCUUCGGGCCAGAAAAUACCAGACCUCAAUGAGACGCCAGAGGCCGAAACUAAUCCCAACAAGGAGAGUACCAAUGGUAUCGCAGAUUCCGAUAGUAACCCCCUUAGCCCGGAUUUCCCAUCUCCUAGCGAAGCUCCUUCAACGGCUGGAGAUGGAGAUGGGGAGGAUGGUUUGGCUCAGAGAGCUGCAAUGCUGUUACAAGACAUGAGAAGCGGUGAUGCAGCGGAUGAUAAUGAUCCGGAGAAGAGAGAUAGUUUGAGGAAAUCAGCGGCAGAAGAAAGGAGGGCUAGACGACGGCGGCUAAAGGGCGGCUCCGGUACCGCCGAAACGGACGAGGGUGCCAAAACACCUAUACCCGAAGAAACACCGGCAGAGGUUGCCGCAGAGGAAUGAAAGGACGGGAUGAAGAGCAGUGUCGAAUCGAAACCCCCGCUACUUCCAUCUAUCCAACCGAUAUAAUGUCUACAAUAUAUUACCCAGCCAACCAACCCCAGGGGAAUUGUGUCGGGAUCACCAACAAACGAAUUUUUGCGAAGCUAUUGUAGAGCAAUUCGAAACCAAGGCUCAUAUACGAGUGAAGCCCGGAUCGUAAACUUACUGUAUAAUUACUAGUUCUGAACCUUGGAUCGCUGAAUCAGCACCUCCGUUU